AUGAGUGUACCAGAACAUAACCUCUUACAUGUGUGUCACCAAGGCACAAGGGGGCAUGAUGACUUGAUGUCAUCAUCACCUUCCUCUGGCUUAUCAUCGGUAGAUUCCUGUGAGGGUUGUGCUCGUUGUGAGGAGGACUUACUUGAUUUUGUCAGUCUUUGCUUCUCUUCAUCACCAAGGCAUCUUCUCUGUCUCAUCAAGUCCACCCUUGCCUUAUAUCUUGAUAUGAGACUAGUUGGUCAUUCCAGUUUCAAGGGGAAUAAUGGCUAUGGGAAGUAUUUUUGCAGCUGUGCCAGCCGUUGCUGCUGCUGUUGGAUUUUAUUUCAUAGACAGAAACUAUGCCAAGGUAAGAAGGUUGCAUGUAUUGUGUUAUUUAGGAACAACAAUAGGGAAAUCAAACAAGGGUCAUCAGUAUCCAGACAAAAGAUGCUAUCAGAAGUGAAAGAACGGGCAAAGACCCUUCAAAAGCCAAAUUUGGCACCACAGCUUGAUGGUUUGGAGUGUUUCGAAACCUUGGUGAUGAUUUGA